AUGGCAAUGUUGAGAAGACCUGCUAGUGCUAGUGCUAUAGCUUUCGCUUUGUUGCUGCUUGGGGUGUUAUGCACUUAUAAAAUCAACUUCGUUUCUGCUUCCUCUGGAGGCGUGAUGGGAGGGAGCUUCUUUGAUUCAGAUUCUUCCUCCUCAUCAGAAUCAUUCACCACUGAUUCAGAGCCUGUAAAUGAUGCCCCUUCUCCUGAUGUUGAGGUUGCAAGGGGUAGUCAUGGUGGAGGACCAAUGUUGUUUAUGAUCUUCAUGUUUGGUUUGUUUUUGAUUGGAUUUUGUAAAGAACCCAAUGGAAAUACAAUUACUGUGCUCAAGCUUCAGGUAGCAGCGUUGGGUGGGAUGGGAAGCUCAAUACAAAGGGAUCUAACUAGGAUUGCAGAGGCUGCAGACACAUCCUCUCGGGAAGAAACAAUACAAACUUUGGAUCGACAUCAUGGUUAUUGUAUUGCAGGAUAUUUAUCUGUGGAUCUAAAGCGGAGUAAGGAGGAUGGAGAGAAAUGCUAUAAUCAACUAUCAAAUGAAGAAAGGGCGAAAUUUGAUGAAGAGACACUAGUUAAUUUGAACAACUUAGAAAAGAGAAGUACAAGAGGCCAGAGUGUUAAUGUGUUCAGCAAUGAGUACAAAAAGUUGAAUGUAAAGGAGAGUACACUAGAAGGGAAGAACUUUGAAGAAGAGAAACUUCUCAAUGGGUUUGGCAACGAGUAUGUAGUGAUAACAAUCUUGGUAGCUGCUAAAGGAGCACAUAAGCUUCCUAAUAUCAAUGGAGCUGAAGAUUUGAAGAAAGCCUUACACAAGCUUAGAUCCCUUUUCUCAAGCAAAUUAUUAGCCGGUGAGGUGUUAUGGACCCCACAGAAUGAGAUUGACACUCUUUCAGAACAGAAACUACUUGAAGACUAUUCUCAAUUAGCAAAGUGCAUGAAAAGCUUUCUAGUUAAGAAACAGGAAUAG